AUGUCUUCGCGCGGUCUCCCUGACGUGCUGAUGCAGAAAGUCGACGACUAUGUCGAUUCGCUGGCACCCCAGAUCCAGCCCCGCAUCGCCUCCGAACUUGAGACCUUCCAACAAAAGACUAUCGACAGUCUCGAGACGCAAGUCAUAGACGCGUUCAGAUCACUGUUCAACAAAGACAGGCCGUCUUCAUCAGAUGGCAGCCGCUCUGAUCCCUGGAAUCUCAAUGACGCAGCACCUGAUUCUUAUGGUGGCCAGUCACUGCCCUUUGCGGAUGAGAUUUCCAAAUUGACCCGAAGUUUCGGACAGAUCUCUGAUGAAGCGAAUGGAGAUUUGCGCGACAUUUUUGAUCUUACUUCGGGAAAUAGAGGCGGUGCAGAGCAGUCUCGAUCUGUAGAUGGGGAUUUUGCAUCUGGAGCUAGAGGGUUCCUUUCUUCAGCACUCAAUGUUGUUCAAGAUCAUUUCGAUGACGAGAGAGGAUCAAAAGGUGGCCAGUCCUUUGAGAUUGGGGGACUACUCGGGAUGAUCAGUAGCACGAUCAAAGAUGCAUCACAAAAUCCCGAAGAGAAGGCGAGGCUGAUCAGUCCAGAGAUCAAGCAAACAGUAGGCGACAAGCUACGCGAGCAGCAUGCACCUCUCGCUGAACAAUUCACCCGGAUAGCUCUGGAUCACAUAAAGCGCUGGCUUCGUGGAAACACAAGCACACGCGAUCUUGGUGACGGUGCCAAGGCUGAGAUUGCUGAACAAGUAGGCGACCUAGUAAAGGGCCUUGGAAGCUUAUUCGGAAGCAAAAAGAGCAGCCAGGAAGAAUCUUCCAGAGGCUUUGAUGGCUCUAGCCGGGAUGGCGAGAGUGGCAGUGGAAGCGGCUUCUCUCGAGUCAUCAGCGACAAGCUCAGCACCGGUCUCGCAAAGGUUCACCGAGAGGUCCGCCUGGAAUUUCGCAAGAUCCUCGGACAAAUCGAGAAGCAACUGUUUGAACUGCUACCUGAUCAAUUCCAACGGCCACUAGAGAAGAUACUUGGCGGUAAUCCGUUCGAUUCACAGCUAGACCGCGACGCGUCAGGCAAUGCUGACCGCGGCUUUGGCGAUGACAUCAAGUCCAAGUUGCUCAACAAGAUUCGUGCUUUAGUUCAGAAGGUUCAGGAGACAUUGCGAGAGAGCAUCUUAGGUGUAGUCAAUGGUGGACACCGCAAGUUUGAGCGCCAAAGCUGGGUCUUUGUGCAGGGUAUGGUGGAACAGAAGGUCCAGAGAUAUCUACCUGACGUCAAGAUCAAUGUUCCGGACGAUAUCGGAAACGAAAAUGUGAGUGUCGGAUCACCGACUGCGAACACGCAGAUGGGAGGAGGAUACCAGCCUCCACCACAGCCACCCCAAGGCGACCAUCGUCCUGGCCCUCCCCAAGGUGGCUAUGGUGAACAAGGGCACGCGCCGCAAGGAUACGACAACCCACCGCAGUACCAGAACUACAAUCAAUACCGAGAGGAGCCGAGACAAGAAUACCAAGAUCACCGGGCGCCACAAUACCCACCGCCCCAACAAGGAUAUCAACAGCAAAGCUACCCUCCACAGAAUCAACAGGACUUUCCUCAUCUAGAGUAUCGCGACGGCGAGUACCGUAGGCCGAAUUAUUAG